AUGUUGAUUAGGUUUGCAGUUUCUUGUAAAGCUAGAUCUUAUGGGGAAGUUGUGCAAAUUGCAAUGGGGAGAACUGCUAGGGUUUUGUCUGAGAUUUGCAUAAUUGUCAACAAUGCAGGUGUCCUGAUAGUUUAUUUGAUUAUUAUGGGUGAUGUUAUGUCUAGUUCGGUUCGUCAUAUUGGGGUUUUCGAUAAGUGGUUAGGACAUGUUUUUUGGGAUCAUAGGAAGUUAUUGGUUUUGGUUGUUAUGGUUGUUUUUCUUGCUCCACUUUGCGUGUUAGAUAGGAUUGAUUCAUUGAGCAUGACUUCGGCUGCUUCGGUAGCUCUCACUGUUGUUUUCGUUGUGGUUUGCUUUGCUGUUGCAUUCAUUAAGCUUAUUGAAGGGAAGAUAGAGGCUCCAAGGAUGAGCCCAGAUUUUACGUUCCCUGAUUAA